AUGUCUACUGCCUGGGGUUUCCCGGAGCUAGCCCAUCGCCGGCUAGCCCGCUGCAGGACGGCGCGAACGGCCAUCUGGCUCCUGCUCCUAACCCAGCUGAGCCUGGUUUGGGGGCCGGCAGCACAGCCGCUCGCAUCACCGGACUCGGGCCCACACCUAGACUCGGGCUGGGAGCAGACGAUCCGCUUUCUGUACCUGUACACCGAGCACAGCAAGGGCAGCGCAAGCAGCUGGCAUUUACAGAUUAACCAGGACGGCACAGUGGGCGGCAGCGGGGAGCGGAGCCUAUACAGUCUCCUGGAGAUGAGGGCGGUAGCCCCGGGCGUAGUGGCCAUCAAAGGCUACCUGAGCGGCCGCUACCUGUGCAUGGAGAGGGACGGCAGGCUACUCGGCUCACUGACCUACAAUGAAGCUGACUGCUCAUUUAAGGAGCGCCUGUUGUCUGGCACCUACAAUUUGUACUGGUCGGAAAAGUACGGAGCUGCUGUGUCCCUGAGCAACAGGAGGCAGCGAGGCCACACAAGAGGCAGGGCAUUCCCUCCCUUGUCUCAGUUCCUGCCCAUCCGCAACACACAACCUAUCCCCCCAGUCCCUGGGGACCAGUCCAGGGACAUUCCUGAACUUGACUCGCUGCCGUCUUCAGUGAUUCAGAUCAACAGCAUGGACCCCCUGGACUUCACGUACGAAGCCACAUGA